AUGGACCAGACACACACCCGGGCCUUGGAGGCUCUACAGCCUUUCAUCCACCUGGCCAACUCCAACAGUGCAACCUCGCCCCGUUUCAUAGCCAACAUCAUCACAAAUGCCACCUCCAGCCCACAGACCUACGUCUUCGCCGAACUGCUCGAGACACCCAACAUCCAAACGCUCAGCUCCCCCGAUACCCCCGCCGAGCACCGGGGCUACCUGAAGCUCCUAGAGAUCUUCGCAUGGGGUACAUGGCAGGACUAUCAAUCUACACCCAAUCUCCCCAAACUGAGCAUCGAACAAACCCUCAAGCUCCGCCUCCUCUCUCUCCUCUCUCUCUCGGCAACAGUCAAACCCCUUACCUACCAGUCCCUAAUGACCGCGCUCUCACUCUCAUCAACCGCUGAGCUCGAAUCCCUCGUCACAACCGCCAUCUACGCCUCCCUGAUCUCCGCCCGCCUCUCCCCCGCCACAACCCCGCCUACCGUCAACGUCACAUCCGUCGCUCCUCUACGUGAUGUCCGACCGCAAUCUCUCCCCAAAAUGGUCACCCUCUUGACAGAAUGGGAGGCUCGGUGCGGAGAGGUGGUGUCUAAUCUAGAAGCGGAAAUUGCGCGAGUGAAGGAGAAUGCGGAGAAGCGCCAUGCCAAGGAGCGGGCGUAUCAGAUCCAACUGGAGGAUGCGACGAAGCAGCGACAGGAGGCGUUCGACGUGUCAAAUGCGGGCGCGCGCAGUAGACCUGGAGCGUGGGGGCGUCGAGGUGGUCCGCGGCUUGGAACUGGAAUGGGCAAUAAGCGUGAAGCAGAUGAUGUCGAUCACGAUGAUGGAUAUUUUGAGGCUGGGGAUGGGGAAUCAGGAUCGCGAAUGGAUAUCGACGAGGGCUCCGGGUCUCGUGGGAGUAGGCAUUCGAAGCGUGUAGUGGGCCGCAAGGCAUAA